AUGGGUGCAAUGUCCCUUCCAAAUGAGAUCCCCGAGACUCAAACGGUGGCUCUCGUCCGAGAGCUUGGUGGCACCGUCGAGUUCCUCGAAAAUUAUCCUGUCCCGACUCCAGGCCCAAAUGAAGUUCUAGCCAAGGUGCUCUACACAGGGGUCUGUCAAAGUGAUCUGCACACGAAAAACGGCACGGCAGCCGGCGCUGAUGGAGACCCCAUCACGAAGAUUAAACUACCGCAUGUUGGAGGCCAUGAAGGUGUGGGCCGAAUUGUGGCCCUAGGAUCCAACUGCGGUGCUGACCUGAAGGUUGGUGGGUUCGUUGGUAUCCGAUUCUCCAGUCGAAUUUGUAGGAGGUGCGAGUUCUGCUUGGCUGGCACGGAACAGUACUGUGUCAAGAGUACGAACCACCUGCACCACGAGGAUGGCAGUUUUCAGGAGUACAUCGCCCUAGAUGCCGACUAUUUGACAAUUCUACCUGAUGAUGUGGAUCCUAAGGUCAUUGGGCCGGUACUGUGUGCUGGAGUGACUGCCUACAAGGCUGUCCUCAACGCGAACAUCCGGGCAGGCAACUGGCUGGUGGUAGUAGGUGCGGGAGGUGGUCUCGGACACUUGGCUGGUAUGUCUACUCGGAGUCAAUUCAUGACACACGCUGACCAGGCAGUCCAAUAUGCCAAGGCACAAGGAGCACUGGUGAUUGGCGUCGAUGCUGGCGAUAAGCGAGACUUUGUUCUCAAACUCGGAGCCACCGAGUAUAUCGACUUCACCUCAACCGAUCCGGUGCAGAGAGUGCAUGAGAUCACGGGCCUCGGUGCGCAUGCCGUAGUUGUCACUGCGGGAAGUGCCAAAGCCUUUGCCCACGCUUGCGAUAUGCUACGGGUUGGGGGCAGUCUGAGUUGUGUUGGGAUUCCUCCAGGGCGUCCCGUGUUGGAGACACCAAUUUGCACUAUUGUGAUCAAGGGCCUCCGGAUUACCGGUAACCUGAUCGGCUCCUUGAAAGAGUGCAUGGAGGCCGUGGACUUGGUCCGGCGUGGGGUGGUGAAACCGGAGAUUAAGGUCAGAUCGUUCAAGGAGUUGCCUCAGGUGUACGAGGACAUGGAGAAGGGUGACAUUGCAGGCAGAAUCGUGCUUCAAGUUUCAGAGUAA